AUAGAUAACUUUAAAUGACGCCUUUAUUCACUUUUGUUAAGUUUUCCAGAACGAUAGAUCGAACGUUUCAAUAUGAAGGCUCUUUUGUAUUCAGUUAUUUUCUUUCUACAUGUAAUGAUAAUCGAAGGUUCAUUUUCACGAGUGGUUGGGGGCUUCGAAGCACCAGCAAACUUCAGUAAAUUUCAUACGUCGCUCCAAAAUUUGAAUGGCAAUCAUGUAUGUGGUGGAGCAGUUAUUUCAAUACGUCACAUAGUCACCGCAGCUCAUUGUGUAAUAGAUAUUUACCCGGAAUAUAUACAAGUGGUAGUUGGUACCACAAACCUGGAUGUUGGUGGACUACGUUACAACGUUUCUUCAAUAAAAGUUCACGAAGAUUACGAUUUACAUUUGAAAGUUAAUGAUAUUGCCGUAUUAAAAAUCAAAGGGUCUUUCGAUAAGGAACAUGUUCAAAUUGUGAAUAUAUAUUUGGGAAAGUUAACAGAAGGAGACACAGUGAUUUUGUCUGGUUUUGGAGCUAAAGAACCAAAUGGGGAAACUAGUCGACAAAUGUAUGCUUUAAAUUUAUCAGUUUUCAACCAAGAUAUAUGCAAAUAUGCCAUGCGAUAUGUGAGAGACAUUCAUGAUGACAUGUUUUGCACUUUUACCACAAUUGGUGAAGGAACGUGCCACGGAGAUUCUGGCGGACCUUUAGUGAUAGGCAAUCGUUUGGUUGGAAUCGUCUCAUGGGGAAUACCAUGUGCUGUUGGAUUCCCUGAUGUCCACACAAAGGUUACAUCAUACAUCCCUUGGCUUAAAAAACAAUUGUGUUCAUGCAAUAACUCUUAGAUUAAAACAUUUUAUUUUUAACGAAGUGUCAAGUAAGGUAACUAAAUGCCAGAAAACUUCAUUUCUUCUGAACUUUUCUCCAUUUAUACACAUUUGUUAAAUUCACCUGAAAUCAGAAGGCAAUAAACUUAAUAAGCACUAUGAGCAUGAGGAUUUAAACAAAAUGGCUUUACACAUCGAGUAUCGCAGAAA